AUGAUUAUCAACCCGAAUGAUCCCAUUUACGAUAACAAAUUCACUGAAGAGGAUUUAAAUGAUAUCCAUGAUUUUAAAGCAAUUGAAUUCGAUGAGCCAUUACCAAAAGAGCUCAAUGAGUACUUAUACUCAUUCAAAGGAAAGAAAACAGUCGAUGCAUUGGAUGAUGCUCUCAUGGAAAAACAUUUUUAUCCAGCAAAACAGCCAGACUUGUUUUGGGCAUGGAAUACGAUCCAAGAAACAGUAAAUUUAUACAACUACAACAUCCUUGCUGACGACUUUACUGAAGACGAUGUCGAAUAUCGCAUUUGGUUUUUUAUUGCCAAAUGCUUUUCAUCUACAAAAAUCCGAGCAAGCUCUGGAAAGAAAAAAUCUUUGGCAUCAACAGUGAGACAUAACCAAAACCGAGCUUUAGCUACAACAGACGCUGUCGCUAAACAAAUAUCAGGCUGCCAACUAGAUUUGAAAUGUGUAUAUCUCAAUCAUGAAAUCGCAUUCUCGGAAGUUGGCUUAGCAGACGAUGGGGAAACCGGAACAAAAGAACUCUGCGAAAGUGGACUUAAAGCUCCAAAGAUGUUAAAGGACUUUUUUGUUUCUUUAACAAACGCAUUUCCUUCGUGUAUUCGCAAAGCCAAAACAGCUGCGUUUAUUAUAUCUGGAUUUCAUAUUAGUGUUAUUAUCCUGGAUAGUCCAAAAGGAUCUGCAUGUCGAUUGACAUACUCAGAAAGAGUAGAAUUUCCCACUGAUCCUGAUGUAUGUGUAAAGCAAUUGGUACCCAUCAUGGAGUUGGUUUACUGCAUGUGUGGUUACUUAUUGGAGACGGUCGCAGCUUUGAAAGACGAUGAAAUCACCCCUGUUGGCCACAAAGGCAAAAAAAGAUCUGUAAUCCCAUCAGCUAUUAAUUCUCCUUUGGCUCCUAGUUCCAAACCAUCUUCAUCAAGUACUAACACCACAACUAGCAACACAUCUAGUAAAAAAUUAAAACUAAGUAACUAG